CUUCUGUCUGCACAGGAACACUUAGCAUAAAUGAAGCUUUCAGUAACCACAGACGAGGGCGAUUUAUACAAUUUGGAGAUUGAUUCUCAAAUGGAGAUAGAAAAUCUCAAGGCUCUUCUCGAAGCUGAAACGAAUAUUGAGGUUGCAGAGCAAAUGCUAUUUUACAACGGAAACGAACUCGUAGACCCUCAAAAAACUCUUCAACAGUACGAUAUAGGUCAGGACGACAUUGUUCUUCUCCGUCGUAAGCGACAAGGAGGAUCAAGUGGUAAUCCAAACUUCGAUAUGAUGCGACAGCAUGUACUUCGUGAUCCUCGUCUUUUGCAACAGCUUGCCAAUACAAAUCCAGAUCUUGCCCAGGCAGCUAUGAACGAUCCGGAGAGAUUCAAUAUGAUGGUACAGCAAAUAGAGCAAAGUCGACGCCAAGCUGAAACGCAAAAAUCUCUACAGUUGGCUGCCUUGAAUGACGAUCCUUUUGAUGUAGAAGCUCAAAAGCGGAUCGAAGAAGCUAUACGACAGGAAAAUAUUGCUGCGAAUUUGGAGGCUGCUAUGGAGUACAACCCAGAAUCUUUUGCCAGAGUUACUCGCCUAUAUAUACGAGUGGAAAUCAAUGGGAAGGAUCUGGUUGCAUUGGUUGACUCUGGUGCUCAGAGUACUGUCAGUAAGUUGAUUGACGAGCAGGCUCUGUGAUCAUGUGAAUUUUGGUCCCCCAUCGUUCAAACCCCAAUUUUUUUUUUCUAUAGUCAGCCCAGAGACGGCCCAACUGUGCGGACUC